AUGCCACUGGCGCUGCUGCGAGACUGGUGCAGGUGGAUGGGCGUGAAUGAGGAGCGCUCUCUGCUCCUCCUGGGCAUCCCAGAUGACUGUGAAGACCAAGAAUUCAAGGAUGCCGUGCAGGCUGCCCUGGGCCCCCUGGGCAGAUACCGAGAACAGCCGGGUGAAGGGGAAGAGUCCUUUGAGAGCUGGCUGGAUCAUGCCAACGACAUGCUGUACCUGUGGCGCCACGUGACCGAGAUGGAGCGGAGGAGGAGGCUGGUGGAGAGCUUGGGGGGUCCGGCGCUGGAUCUCCUGUGCAGCCUCCUGGCAGAAGAUCCCAACCUGGCGGCCCAGGAUUGCCUGACGGCGCUGGUGGAGGCAUUCGGGAGCAAGGAUCCCCGGGUGAAGGCUCGGCUGAAGUUCAUGACGUGCGCCCAGCGGCCCCAGGAGAGCCUCUUUGCCUUUGUGAUGCGCCUGGAAGGCCUGCUGCAGUUGGCCCUGGGCAAGGGGGCCAUGCACCCAGCCAUUGCAGAUCAGCUGCGUGCCCGGCAGGUGCUCAUGCGGGCCCGGCCCAACAGCCUGAUGCAGAACAAGCUGAAGAGGAUGCGGAUGGAGAGAAGACCCCCCAGCUUCGUGGCGAUGCUGCAGCUCAUCCGGGAGACCGAGGCCUGGGAGACCGACCCAGCAAUGGGUGAGCAGUUCCCGGUGGAGGAGGAGGCCCAUGGGGUCCUCGGAGACCUGGCCACUGCCCUGGCCCAUAUGAUCAUCACCGAGGGUGCAGCUGCAGGUGGAAGUGAGCCCUCCCCAGCCAGUGGAGAUACCUCUGCCCAGGUUGCCCUUUCCAGGGAAGGUGGCGUCGAGGCCCUCCCAGUGCGUGAAGAGGCCAGUAAGGCAGUUGGCAGCAGCACCGAGGUUGCCCAGGCUGCUCCUGAAGCCCGUGGUGCCACCAGGGCAGCCUCUGCCCCUGGGGAGACCACUCAGGAAGAUGGAAGGGCUCCCGGCCUCCCGGGCCUAGGUCAGGCGGCACCUUCAGAGGCCCUUUGGGGCCCUGCCACUGCCUGGAUGGGCGGGGCUUCCCCGGUGGUCCCAGGAAGUCCUGGCUGGGAGCCAGAGGGUCUCCCCCAGGCAGGAGACCAGGAGGCCGAGGAGCCCCCCAAGAAGGGGCUCAAGCCCGUCCCAGAGGAGCCCGGAGAUGAGGAAGGGGCUGUGGAGAUGAGCCCCCCGGGGUUCUCCUCUGGUCAAUAG